AUGGGGGCGCCGGGUGAUGACCAUCGUCCGAGCACUUCCGGCACCGUCGGAAUGCUGUACGACGCGGAACACGAGGGAGAAACUGGAAAGGACUUCCAGACGUUCAAGGGUAGCGUGAUCGCUCAGGCGUUCUCGUUGAACAUCGGUCCCCAGUUCAAAGAGGACUUAGAAGGAAAAGUCUGCAUGGACAAGUGGGAUGAGGUCGAUCAGUUAGCCUGCGACCAGUGGGUUGCUGACGGCAAACACGAAAACGACUUCUGGCCCACCUACACAACCGAAGUGCGCUCAGCUUACGCGAAGUUGUAUGGUACAGUAUUCAAAUCCUUAACCGGAAAGGCCCGAGCCAAAGCUCAGGACAUUCAGGAAGAGCCCGGGGCUGACGCGUGUGUAGUCUGGUUGAUGCUUCAGAUCAAGGAAAAGGCUAACCCGCAGACCGCCGGUGCCCGCCGCAUGUUGAUCAAGGAAUAUUUCAACAGCAAGCAGGGUGAAGAUGAAACCGUGGAAGAACAUAUUGACAAACUGAAGAACUUCUGGAAUUUCAAACUGGGCGCUAAAGUUACGGCCGAAGAGUUACGCUAUCACU